UACUGGCAAUAUAUAAGCUCCUCAUUUUUAGAUACUGGAUAAAGCCAUGGCUGAAAUGAGUGAUAGCAACUUAGAUAAAACAACCAUUAUUCAGCAAGCAAUAGCCUCUUGUUGUGGAUUUAUAAUUACAUCGUUAUUUGUAACUCCUCUUGAUGUUAUCAAAACUCGACUGCAAGCUCAAAGCAAUCCUUUCCCCAAAGGAAAGUGUUUUGUAUACUCGAAUGGCCUUAUGGAUCAUAUAUGUGUUUGUGAGAAUGGGGACAGCAAAGCCUGGUAUAAAAAACCUGGGCAUUUCAAAGGGACAUUGGAUGCAUUUGUGAAAAUUAUUCAAAUAGAGGGAAUUAAAUCACUGUGGAGUGGACUUCCCCCAACACUAAUAAUGGCACUUCCUACCACAGUAAUCUAUUUUACCUGCUAUGACCAACUGAGUGAAGCUCUGAAAUCUAGACUAGGAAAGGAUGAUGAACAUAUUCCAGUUCUUGCAGGUUCCUUAAGCAGAUUUGGUUCAGUUACUGUAGUGAGCCCCCUGGAGCUGAUCAGAACUCGAAUGCAGUAUCGCAAGUUGUCCUACAAGCAACUGUACACGUGCGUCAGCAGUAAAGUGGCUGUAGAUGGAUGGUUUUCCCUGUGGAGGGGCUGGACUUCUACUGUUCUGAGAGAUGUACCUUUCUCAGCAAUGUACUGGUAUAAUUAUGAACGUUUCAAGAAGAUGAUGUGCAAGGAGGCUGGUGCACAUGAACCAACAUUUUUUAUUGCUUUUACCUCAGGAGCAGCAUCUGGCUCUAUUGCAGCUGUUAUAACUCUGCCAUUUGAUGUAGUGAAAACACAUAGGCAGACUGAACUUUGGGAGUGUGAGACCUUAAAAAUUCCACAGAGGGACUGUACAUCAACCUGGGCAGUUAUGAGGAAAAUUGUCGCUAAAAAUGGGAUUACUGGAUUAUUUGCUGGUAUUAUUCCACGGCUGUUUAAAGUUGCUCCUGCUUGUGCCAUAAUGAUCAGCACAUAUGAAUACGGAAAGUCUUUCUUUUCUCAUUUAAAUGAAAAAAUGGACCAGCAUCCUUAAUUCUCCUUCAUCCGACUGUCUGAAGUCAAAAUAUAUGGUGAAAUAUAUUGUGCCAAAUUUGAAUCUGUCAAGGCAUUUUCUAGAGUUCCCGGUGAAUUUCUGCCAUUACAUUUGGUAACGAAAUACAACUUCAUUUUUAACUGUUUCACAAAGGAUAAAUUCACUUUUUCUUUUUUCUUAAGACUAAGAAAAUACACAACCCUUAAACUAUCAUUGAAGAUUUUGUGACUUCUCUUGCAGCUAGAGAGAAAAAAGGAAAGAAAGGAGAAGGAAAAAAAAAUAGGUGCACUGACUGUUCUUCAGUGAUGAUUAAUAGUGAAAAAAAAAUUGAGGCUGGACAGAGCAAUGAAGAAUAACCACUGCCACUGUGUUAAUUUUCAGUCCGACUAAAGAUUUUUGUUGGGUAUUUAAAAUGAUAAGAAAAUGUUUUGGGCUUCCAAUUGUAUGAUAUGGUUAUUCUUCCAUAAGGAGGUUGAUAUCGAAUGAAUUAAAUAAACGGUUAUUUA